AUGUUUCGCAACAGUACUAUCUUUCCAGUACCAAAUCGAUUGAAACAAAGAAGAAAAUAUGAAAAACUUGGCAGUUACCUUCUGGCUUAUGCUCGUGGAGCAGCCCCGUCAGAUGAAGCGCAGUUUGCUUCUUGUUCAAUCGGAUGCUCAGCUAGUGAUAUUACUGUAAGAGUACGGUAUGUUUUUUUCACCACUUCAUUAUCUUUACAUUGGACAUCGGAAAAUGUACUGUUGCAAGUUUGUCUUCGUGAAUCAUUUCCGAACGCUGGUGUUGUAUAUAAUCCGCUAUUAAACUGUCAAGAAUUCCCAGCUUCCGAUGGACUUACGGCCACUGAACUUGUUCUACCUAAGACGUCUUUAGUUGAUAUUGUUUUUGUUGCAUCAAAUUUUAUUGGAGAGAUUGGAGAUUUGGCCAUUUUGAACGAUAUUGAAGUCUCAUACGAUAGGAAUGGUCCUGAAUGUGAAGAAUCGAGCGACGAGCAACUGCAGAGCAAUGUUGCAGAAACUCAACUGAUAUCGAAACUGAAAAAGUUAAAAAGCGAAGCCACAAAAACUGAGAGACUUCCCAUUCGAGACGAUAAGACUGGUCAUGGAGAUAAUAACAAUGACGCUGCUGUUCACGAGAAUAAAUUCGAAGCAGCAUAUAAGGCGCAAGGCGUCGUAGAGAAACAUGUCAAGGAGAUGCGUACGAGGCUUUCGACCGAAGUCUCAAGUGCGAAAUCUGCGAUUGAACGCUUCGGCGAGGAAGGAUUUAAGGGAGGAAAUGCUGCAUUUGAUUCAGCGAAAUCUGAAGGCAUUAACCGCAAUGUUGAAGAGGCCGUUAUCAAAAGCACAAAGACUAGCACUGGACAAAAUGUUGCGAAAGGAACGAAGACGCAAAUGUUUAGUGAAAGUAUUUGUUCGGCAACAAAAUGUGAUUUUGAAAACGGGAACACGUGCCACUACAAAGACGCUUAUCAGUCGCAGUCGAUUCGUGGUCUGACUACAAAAUUCGAAGUAGUGAAUGGGCAAUUUAUGAAUCGAGUAACCGGAGUCAAAGAAAGUAUUGAAGGUGACUAUUAUGCAGCAACGUUCCUUUUCCCGCGAGAAAUGGCAGGCCUUGAAGCAAAUACAGAACCAUUCACUGAGAAUUCUCGACUACGCUUUCAGUACUACGAAGGAACACAUGGAGUGCAACUUAAAGGAUGCUGCAAUUCCAUUGAGACAUGUCCAUUCAGUUCCGACAAAUUCGUAAAAGUAUCGGAUCGCGUCUGGAAGACAGCGAGUUUUCGAUGUUCAAAGGGAACUACUAAGGUGAUUUUCCUCUGUGAAAACACGAGAACAAAUCAAGGAGCUUGUGCAAUAGACGAUUUGGGUAUGGUAGAAUCUGAAGGUUCACUUAAGGAUGUACGACCGCUGUGUUAA